ACACACAGACCGCAGACCGGCUGUCCCAAGCUACGCUUAUCCUUCACUCUCCGGCACCAAGCUGGGAUCCGCCUGCUGCUGCCUCCCCUUUAUUAUUACCGGCCACCUGCCUCCUGUCCGAGAAUAACACAGAGGCUCCGACAAGCUCAAGCUCGAGCGGCGACACUGACCCGACUUCCUGUGCCAUCUUUUCGGCACCGCGCCACCGCCACUGUCCCGCAAGAGGGAGGGAGCGAAAGAGAGAGAGAGAGAGAGAGCGAGGGGGAGAGGGAGGGAGUGCAGGCUGCACACAGGGCGCACUUGGCGACCUGGGUUUGUUGACGUUACCAGGAGAGGAGCGCACAGCACAGCACAGCGCAGAGCAGAGACGAGCCGUGGGCUGGCUGGUACAGCAGCUCCGUGUAAACCGGGCUAUUCCCACCCUCAUCAUCAGAGGAGCCACUUGCAUGGAUGCACCAUGGCCACGUUUGUGUGCAGGGUUCAGUUUUUAGACGACACCGAUCCGUUCAACAGCACCAACUUCCCAGAGCCGACGAGACCUCCGCUGUACACCUUCAGAGAGGAUAUCCCACUCAUCAACCAGUUAGCAGGCGUCCACCGGCUCCUCAAAGCCCCGCACAAGCUUGACGACUGUGCACUCCAGCUUUCCCACAAUGGCACCUAUCUGGACCUGGAGUCGUCCCUGGCCGAGCAAAGGGACGAGCUGGAGGGUUUUCAGCAGGACGACACAGGGGCCAGAGGCAAGAAGCACAGUGUUGUUUUACGGACUCAGCUGACUGUGCGUGUACACGCCUGCAUCGAACGACUGUACAACUCCAAUGGACGGGACCUGAGAAGAGCGCUGUUCUCUCUGAAGCAAAUCUUUCAGGAUGACAAGGAUCUGGUCCACGAGUUUGUGAUGGCUGAAGGUCUGACGUGUCUCAUCAAGGUCGGAGCAGAAGCGGACCAGAACUACCAGAACUACAUUUUAAGAGCUCUGGGGCAGAUCAUGUUGUAUGUGGACGGCAUGAACGGAGUCAUCGGUCACGCUGAGACAAUCCAGUGGCUGUACACGCUAGUUGGCUCAAAGUUCCGCCUGGUGGUGAAAACGUCUUUGAAGCUGCUGCUGGUGUUUGUGGAAUACUCCGAGUCCAAUACACCCCUGCUGAUAAAAGCCAUCACCGCUACGGACACCAAGAGAGGGUGCAAGCCGUGGUCCAAUGCUAUGGAGAUCUUACAUGAGAAGGAUGGCGUGGACACAGAGCUGCUGGUCUAUGCCAUGACUCUCAUCAACAAGACACUUGCAUCGCUGCCAGACCAGGAUUCUUUCUAUGAUAUGGUGGAUGGUCUGGAAGAACAGGGCAUGGAGACAGUUUCCCAAAGACACCUGGGGCGGAAAGGCACUGAUCUGGACUUGGUUGAGCAACUCAACAUCUAUGAGACGACUUUACGUCAUGAAGACGGCGACGAUGACAGCCAGCCUCCACCAACGGGACGCCGGGACCGUCGACGAGCCAGCCUCGGGGGCGGCGACAAAAAGUGUGGCCUGGAGAGGAGGCGGAGCCGCAGGGCCUCCCUUGGGCGAUCUGGCCACGCCUCCCCGUGCAGCCCCUUGUCCCCACAGAGAGCCGGCUUCCAGCCUUUCAGUGGACACAGAGCUGAGGACGUGAGUGAGAGAGAGGAGGAGUAUGAGGAAGGAGUAGAGGAGGAGGGGGAGGAGACUCCGGUGACUGAGUCUGAUUCGGAUGAGCAGCAGGGGGCUGAUACAGUAUCUAAACAGACCACUCCCAGCCCUGCUAGACCGCUUCCAUCCAUUGUUCAUAGAACAACCCUGCGGUCCAUCACCAUCAUUACCAGAAAGGAGAGCACAAAGGAGGAAGAGCAGAGGAGUCACACCGAACAGCCUCCAGAGUCGAGCCUCCACUCUCCCUCUUCUCCCACUUCCUCCCCUCCCGUCUCCUCCCCGCUCAGACCCCCAUCCCCGCCCUCGCUUCUGGCCACCUUGCUGGCCAGGAAGAGGUCUUCUGUCACCGUUCCGGCCACCAAAGAGGUCAGUCCACCACUGCGCGGCAGCUCCCGUCCUUCGCCCGACCGUCUGCCCUACCUGCCCCAUGCGCCCUUCCACCUCUUCUCCUAUGACCUUCACGAGGAGCCGCCGCCACCGGCUCCAGCCAAAGCCAGCGAAGAGUCUCCAAAAAUGACGUCUCCCAGGAAUGGAAGUUUCACGUCCUACUCAUCUCACAGCAGCCCGAGUACACCCACCACCUCCAGGCCCGCUCUGGGAGGUCUCUUGUCGUCCUCUUAUCGACAGCACCAGGAAUCAUUGGCAGCUGAGCGAGAGCGCCGCCGUGUGGAGAGGGAGGAGAGACUGCAGAGGAUAGAGAGGGAGGAGAGAAACAAGCACAGCCGCGAAUAUGUGGAUAAAAUGGAAGAAGCCAGACUUGCACGGGAGGAGAGGUACAAGACCGUGGAGCGUCUGGCGGCAGAGGAAUACGAGAAGGACCGCAUCCGGGUCUCAAGGACUCGCCCUGACCUCAACCUAAACUUUGCAUCCUCUGAGGCCUGGCCCUCAUCAUCACGCAGCAGCACCCCGUCCUCCUUCGCCUCGCAAGAUGACACAGAGGCCGAUCUUGAAGCUGAGACCCCGACUGCCAUUCACACACCGUCUGAGACAGGAGAGGCUGACGACUCCAGUGCAAGUGUAGAAGCGGGGGAGAAGGAAGCAGAGGCCGCCGCUGAGGAGGAGGAGGAGGAGGAGGAACAGAAAGAAGAGGAGGAGGAGGAAGAAGAAGAAGAGGAAGUGCAGGAGGAAACUGCAGCAGAAAAGGAAGAGGAAGAGUGUGAGCAGGAACCGGAGAAGGAGAGGGAGGAGGCGGAGGAGGAGGACAGCGGCAUCCUGAGCGACAAGGAGCGACAGAACGAGGAAGUCAAUGAAAAGGACAACUGCUCUGCCUCCAGCAUCUCCUCCGCCAGCAGCACUUUGGAGAGAGAGGAGAGGGGGAGCACGGAGGAUGGCUUAAAGGAAGCGGAGGUGAAUGAACCGUGCGGCAAACUCCUCAACAGCAAACUCUUUAUGCUGGAUAUGCUGUACGCCCAGAAUAAGAAGCACAGUGAGGAGGAGGAGGAGGAGGAGGGGGAUGCAGAGAAGGAGAAAGAAAGAGGAGAGGAUAAAGACAAAGACAAAGAAACGCAUGAGGACGCUGAGGAGCAGCUGGACAAUGAUCAGGAGAGCAACAGCAGGACAGACAAUUCAGAGCACCGUGGUAACAUCCGUCCAUUGGCUGAGCGAUUUGGAGACCUGAUCAAGGACCUCGGUACGUCCCACCCUCACUUGGAAGCUCCAGCCACUGAGCCCCCUCCUCCCCCACCCAAAAAGGAAUCAGACACCAUCUGGGACCAGCUCCUGGCCAGCCCUCGAGAGCUGCGCAUCGGGGACAUCAACUUCACCGACUUGACGGAGGACGAUGACAAGGACAUUCUGGAUGCAGUGUCGAUGGUAGGAUGUGGGUACCUCCCUCCGCCGCCCCCUCCUCCACCGUGCUUCCCCCCACUGCCACCCAGGCUCGGCAACUGCCCCCCGCCUCCCCCGUUGAUUGGGAUUAUGAGGCCUCCACCGCCUCCUUGCUUCAGCUCAUCGAUCCCCGUGCCUCCUCCUCCGGAGCCGCCUCUGUUCAACAAGAAGAAGAAGACAAUCAGGCUCUUUUGGAGCGAGGUGCGCGCGACAGAUUCGCAGUACAGGGAUUAUAAGCGGAGUGAAGACUCUCUCUGGGCCAAACUGGAGCCAGUCAAGGUGGACACGGCUAAACUGGAACACCUGUUUGAGUCAAAGUCAAAGGAGAUGCCCGUUACAAAGAAAACGGCAGCGGAUGGCAAACGCCAGGAGAUCAUCGUGUUGGACUCCAAGAGGAGUAACGCGAUCAACAUUGGCCUGACGGUGCUGCCGCCUCCACGCACUAUCAAGACAGCCAUCCUUAACUUUGAUGAGUAUGCACUCAACAAGGAGGGAAUAGAGAAAAUCCUGACGAUGAUCCCCACGGAGGAGGAGAAGCAGAAGAUCCAGGAGGCUCAGCUGGCCAAUCCAGACAUCCCGCUCGGCUCAGCAGAGCAGUUCCUGCUCACGCUGUCGUCCAUCAGCGAGCUCUCGGCCAGACUCCAGCUCUGGGCCUUCAAGAUGGACUACGAGGCAACGGAGAAGGAAGUGGCGGAGCCGCUGCAGGAUCUGAAGGAAGGUAUGGAGCAGCUGGAGAAGAACAAAACUUUACGCUACAUCCUGUCCACGCUGCUCUCCAUUGGAAACUUCCUCAAUGGCACAAAUGCUAAAGGCUUCGAGAUGACGUACUUGGAGAAGGUUCCGGAGGUGAAGGACACGGUGCACAAACAGUCUCUGCUGCAUCACGUCUGCUCUGUGGUGGUGGAGAACUUCCCUCAGAGCACCGACCUCUACUCAGAGAUCGGAGCCAUCACGCGCUCGGCAAAAGUGGAUUUCGAUCAGCUGCAGGAAAACCUGUGUCAGAUGGAGCGCCGCUGCAAAGCCUCAUGGGACCACCUGAAGGUCAUCGCCAAGCACGAGAUGAAGCCCCAGCUGAAGCAGAAGAUGUCCGACUUCCUCAAGGAGUGCGCCGAGAGGAUCAUCAUCCUCAAGAUUGUUCACCGCAGGAUCAUCAACAGGUUCCACUCGUUCCUGCUCUUCCUGGGUCAUCCGCCGUACAGUGUGAGGGAGAUCAGCGUCCACAGGUUCAGUAAGAUCCUCAGCGAGUUUGCGCUGGAGUACCGAACCACCAGGGACCGCGUCCUGCAGCAGAAACAGAAAAGGGCUGACCACCGCGAGCGCAACAAGACCCGAGGAAAGAUGAUCAUCGACGUGAACGCACCUUCUGAUGAUGAAGAGGAGCGUGAGCCUGGUCGAUGUGGCUCCAGCAGCAACAACAGCGCCCCUAGUGCCAGCCAGGAGGCCGAGCAGCAUCAAGGCCUUGGCCAUGCUGAGGAUGCUGUAGAGCACGAGAACAUGAAAGCAGUGCUGCGAAACAGCCUGAGCAGCGGUGACAGGGAGAGCAGCGGCGUGCCAGGACUCCGGACACGGACAAGAUCGCGUCCUGGACGAGGAGGUCGCACUGUGCAGGCGUGGACUCCACCCGUGGGGGACACUCAGGUCUGUGGAGACGACGACGCGGACGAGAUCAUGGAGCGCAUCGUGAGGUCGGCCACUCAGGGUCCAGGAACCAGAGCUCAGCCCCGAGAGAGGAGGAGGUCCAGAGCAAACCGCAAGUCAUUGAGGCGGACACUGAAGAACGGCCUGACAGCAGAAGAAGCUCUUGCUUUAGGACUAAGCGAUUCUCCGGAUCCACCAAUGUGAUCAUCUGCUAGCCCCCCCCUCCCCCCAACCACCGCCCUCCUCAUCUCUUUGGAAACACCUGGAUGCCACGCCUCUGUCUUCAUCAUUCUGCCUUCGCCUCGGUUUACAAAGUUGAAAUGUUACAAAGUCCCGUAGGUGUCGGCCAGCUGCUAAUCUUCUGUUAACGCGCGCGUGAACAAAAACUGCAGCCACGAUAGUGUUUUUAAUGCAGAACACAGAAAGAACAACGAGAAUGCAACGAAUGAAGACUGAUGUAUUCAACUUUAGUGAUGCUGCAUAUACACUGAGCUGAAACGUGUUGUUUUGGGGUUGUUGUUGUUGUUGUUUUUUUUUAUUUAUAUCAACAUAUUUUAAAACACUGCAUUAGUCCAAAGGCUUCACUCACAGACAUGCUUGGAGGUUUCUGCAGCUGUGACUUUUGUUUAUUUAAACUGUGAAAUGUGGUCGUCAAGAUGAGCAGAGACGAAGCUUCGUUGCUUUUUCAUAUCCAGUCUCUCCUUCCUGAGAGGUCACCGCAGACAAAGAUGCUUAUUCAGGAUCUUCCUUUGUGACAGUGUUUGUUUGUUUUUUGCACCUGCACAUUUCGACGCAUGGUGAGCGGAGCUGUGUUGAGUGGAGAAUGUGAACGGUUUGCAAUCUGACGUGUGCCUUUCAUUUUAUAAAGGGACAUUGCUGUACCUUUUUUUUUUUUUUUUUGCCAGAUUGCUUCCUGUGGUGUUAACUGAAGCAACUUUCUUUUUUGACAAAUUGUCCUCAAUAUUUAUUUGCAAAGCUCGGACAUGGAGCACCUUAUUCAGCAUUAAUGAGCUGUCAAUGCUGAAGUGAAUGACACAGAAAAAGGACGUUUUUUAACUGUUUGUAAAGUGUAAAAAGACAAAAGGAUAAGGCUUUUUUUUUUUUUUUUUUUUAAUAAUCUAUUUGAAGGAUAUGCGGAGAACUCUGCAUAAAAGACGUGUAAAUGCCCUCGUCAGCUGCCAGGUACAGUGUGCAUGUUUAGUGCUUUCCAUGUUCUGUAUUAUUAUUUUUGUGGUUUCCUGUAGAAACUUGUAUUAUAGUCUGAGAGAACGGAUAGAAAGAAGCUGUUCUGUGAGUUGUGGAGAGAGAAAAAAAAAGAAAAUGAAAGUGUUCCUCUCACAGCACAGCAAAACCUGGGAAACUUCUCUGCAUAAAUAUUAUGCAGUGAGCCGAAAAUGAGACACUUUCACUUGAAAUGCUGUGUAUACACAUUCUGCAAUAAUAAAACAAAAAAAAGACAAAACCAUAAGGUGAAAAA